CGAAGGGGUAAUGACAGUAAGGCGAAUGAGUACAGGGACCGAAGUAAAGAAGAACAGUGCAUGAGCAAGCGGUCGAGGAACAUGAAUCAGCAGGAAAAAGAAACAACGAGUCAUGACGUGAAGUCAGCAAGGAAUAGUGUAGACAAGCAACUGCAGGAAUUUCAACCCAACAAGAGCAGUAGUAGCACGACGCGCUUUCUUACAUACGCACCUAGGCAAACACCUGAGAUGGAGACAGCGCAACAAGAAGUAGUAGCGCUAGGACUGAUGGAACACGGCAAUGCUGCACGGAAAGAAGAGCAGAAUGGGCAAGCAGUACAGUCCCCCAACAUCAGCAUCACUCCAGGGAUGGAAGGUAUGCAGCAACCAGCAGACACGGAGCUCAACACAAUGGUAUCUGGCAAGGAGCAGCAGGGCAUGGAGCACCAAAGAAUUCGAGAAGACUUCUCGCUCCUCGACGUGCCGAUGAUGGCCCCCCCGAAUGAGGGCAUCAUGCACGCCAUACCUGGAAGAGCAUCAAGGAGAGGCCCUGAAGCUGCUGUCGGGGUGAGGCCAAGACCAGCACUCUUUGGAGGAGACAAGGCCCUUGACACUCCGCUUAGCGGGAGAAAAUGGAAUUUUUUUCCCAUCGACUUCUUCUGGUUGGUGAUCCACACCUUAUCGCAUGGGAACUCUCUGAAAGCAUUAAUCCCAUACUUCAACGUUGGCAAUCACAUCAAAGUAGUCUGCAGAGUAAGACUAGGACCCGGCAGGACCACUCAUACGAUUCAUCUGCAACAUUUCAAUCAGAACACCUGUCGCGUGGAGAAUGAUGCAGAAGGACUGUUAGGGGCGAUGAUCACCGAGGUGAUCAAAAAAGUAGAACACGAUGCACGUCUAUUCACAAUGGCGCAGAUCAAGGCGCAUCCGGCGUCGUUCAGUGAUGUAUGUGUGAACACACCCAGGCUACUACUAGGCAAAGAGUGGAAGGGGAAAGAUGGACGAGUCGCACAGUGCUUCGAGAAGGAAGCAUAUGGACUGAGCAAUCUCUUCCAUCCACCGCCGGAAUACGACCCUAAAAGGCUGUUAAGGUAUGAACUUGUUGCACUAGAAGUAAGGGAUGCAGGCAGGCCGGUGAUCAUAGAGAUGGAGGACGACAGGUAUGAGGACCGACCGCCGCAACUACCUAUAGAAGAUGCACGACAGCUGCUGGCCUUGGAGAAUGGAAGCUUGCACAACCAAGUAGCGCCAUUCCCUCCAAUGAGCACCCCCUUUUGGGAUCUGCAGCCAAACGCAGCCAACAUGCGAAACGCAGGCCCCACGUCCGCUUCUUCUGCACUCAGUUUCAAUACAGGAUCAGCAGGACAACAACAAUUCUACAACACCUUCAGGACACCUGCAACAUCAUCGUACUUUCCUAGCAUCCUGGGAUGGAACGGUGCGGCAUCUCAGGCAACUAGUGUAUUCUCUCAUCCAAUGGCCUUAUCUGGCUAUUCCGAGAUGAAUAGUCUCGCACAUCGGAGCAACAUCAUGACGUUGACGCAACAACACCGCUCAGCCAGUCAGAGCGACCUUGAAGGCAGGAAACGCAGGAAGGGCAAGAAGAAACGUAGUAUGAAAGUAGAUGCAUCGGAGAGCGAAUCAGGCAGCUCAAUAGGGUCGGACAGUAGCAGCGAUGAGAGAGAGCAGAUCAAGAAGACGAAAUUACUGCUCAAGAAGCUCGAGAAAGAUCGAAAAAAGCGCAAGCAUCGAUGA